AUGGUUUCUUCCAACUCCUUCACCCCUAACGACGGCCUCCUCGAGGAGACCGACUUGCCCUGGAACACCAACAAUCUCCCAACUAAAUUAUUUAUCAAUAAUAAGUUUGUCGAAAGUAAGUCGGGAAGAUAUCUCACCGUCUACAAUCCCAAAGAUGGUUGCUUGGUGAGCGAUAAGGUCGCGCUCGCGGAUGCGGCAGACGUCGAAGACGCGGUCGUGGCGGCCGAAGCGGCGUUCCCGGCGUGGCGCAAGACUCCGCCCAAUAUCCGGCGCGACAUGCUCCUUAACCUCGCGACACUCAUCCUCAAGCACUCGCAGGCCCUGGCGGCCAUGACACGGCUCACAUUGGGCGGACCCGUCAGCGUGGUGGGGGGCAUGGAGGUUGGGUUCGCCGUCGAGGCUCUCCGCUACUUUGCGGGAUGGACUGACAAGUUGGCGGGCGAGACGUAUCCUGAGGAAGACGGGUUCUUCAAGAUUGCCCGGCAAGAACCGCUCGGGGUUGUAUCUGCCAUCACUCCGUGGAACGCGCCUAUUGGGAGCUUCUGCGCCAAGGCGGCACCGGCGCUGGCGACAGGCAACUGCUUCAUCAUCAAGUUGUCGGAAAAGACGCCGUUCGCGGGGUUGGCAAUGGGUUCCCUGGUUAAAGCAGCCGGGUUCCCGCCGGGCGUCUUCCAGAUACUCUCAGGCGAUGGUAGCACGGGCGCUGCCAUCUCGAGCCACAUGCGUAUUCGUAAGGUCUCCUUCACGGGCUCGACGCUGACGGGGAAGAAGAUUCAGGAGAUGGCGGCCCGGUCGAACUUGAAGCGCAUCACCCUCGAGUUGGGUGGUAAGAGCCCGGCCCUUGUCUUUGAUGACGCCAAUCUCGACAAUGCCGUCACCUGGUGUGUCAACGCCAUCACCAUUAAUACGGGUCAGGCUUGCUUUGCCGCUACGCGUGUCUACGUUCAGAGCAGAAUCUACCAUGCGUUUGUGAACAAGUAUAAGGCUCUCGUGGAGGAGAAGACCCAGUUCGUUGGCAACCCCGACGAUCCCAAGACCAUUAUCGGUCCCGUGGUGGAUGAGGCGCAGUUCAACCGUGUCAUGGGAUUUAUCGAUCGCGGUAGGAGCCAGGGCAAGCUCCUAGUCGGUGGCAGAAGGAUGUAUGAGAAGGGAUAUUACGUCGCACCUACAAUCUUCCUCGACGUUGCCGAGGACGCUGAGAUUAUAAGCCAAGAGAUCUUUGGCCCCGUGGUGGUUAUUAACAAGUUCGAGACCGAGGAGGAGGUGAUUAAGCUCGCCAACGACACGUGCUAUGGCCUUAUGGCGGGCGUCUUCACGCGGGAUAUCACGCGGGAUAUCACGCGGGCCAUGCGCCUCUCAGCCGAGCUCGAUAGCGGUAUGGUUGGUGUCAACGCUGUGAGCACCGUCUUCUGGCAGACUCCCUUUGGCGGCACCAAGGAGAGCGGCGUCGGGCGGGAGAAUGGCGUACACGUCAUCCGAUCUUACACCGAGCCUAAGACGGUCUUCAUCAACAUGAACGCGUGA